CCAGUGUAGAAAUCUAUCGUUUCGUGUCACCCGAACCAAACAUACCGGUAAACAUAUCGAUCGCAAUAACUGAUUAUUAACUUCCUUGUUGGUUACGUAGAAAGUUAUAUUAUUUCACUGAAAUAGGAAACGACUGCCAAUAAUUUCUGUAAAUAUGUAUAUAUAUUUGCAUAUCAGUUAAGAAGAAAUAUAUAAAUGACAUUUGGUUUAUGAAAAUGGAGAACUCGUAUACUAGUAAAUGAUUAUUUUUAAAGAUUUUAAAGUUUGACGAUAUUUCUUCAUUGCAGUCUACUUUCGUUUUGUGAUAGGAAAUCUUAAUUAUGAGCUUAAAAACAACAACGCGAUCAGACAGAGCACAAGUAGAUACAGGAAACACUGGCAUGGUGGAUAAUUUUGGCAACAACAAAGUUCGUGCCAGAAAAAAAUCAACUCCAAAAGCAGCAGGUGGAGAUGAUACCAUGACUGGAGCUCCGUUUAGAGGUAUUGCGCGAAAUGUGUUUCCUGUUGUACAAGAAACGUUCGGGUCAUCUCCAUCAGCAAAAAUAGAAACACCUCGUAGCAAACGGAGAUUAGAAUCAGCUGGUAAUCGUCGACCUCCAAAACAGCCAGAAAGAAGCCAUGAAUCUGCUGUAACAACAGAUGAACGAAAGUUCACACUUAGCCCAGAGCAAUUAUCUGAGUUAAGAGACGAUAUGAAGACAGCUUACGAAGAAUAUGUAGAACACGUGCCGGACACUGUAUCUAAGCCAAAGACAAUAGCAGAUGAAAUUACAUUCUACACCGUAAAGUUGAUAGGUCAUUUGCGGUUGCAGAGAGGUACUGGAAGUCAAAGAGAAAAUCAGCAACAGAGGGAACUGAAAUCGAGCGACGAGGAUGCGAAAAAAGAUGAACUAAGCAAAAUAAAAGAACGUAUAACGAAGAUGUGGGAAAGCAUUCCAAAAGAAGAAAUGACAGAAAAAUUUGGAAAGCAAGAUAGACGUUUUACACCAACAGAGAUGCUAGAUAGUAUGGAUACGUACUAUAACAGCAGCCAACAGAAACUUCAAUGGUAUGAACAAGAAAACGUCUGUAUUGACAAAGAACUUAAAGAUCUUGCAGAAGAUGUUCAAUAUUUAACAAAGACUAGACAAGUCAAAUUUGAUGAAAACUUGGCUGGUAGAAUACAACAGCAACAAAUUCGCCAUAUUCGUUUGCGACUGGAAAGUCAGAAACGUGAUUACUUAGAAAGGUAUGAACAAGAACGAGCCUGUAUUAACAAGGAGCUUAAAGAAUUGAUGAAAGAUAUUGAUGAUUUAACAACUGGAAGACCCAUUGAUUUGUCCGAGGCGACUGAUGACGGAAUACAGAAAGAGAUACGCAACAUUCGUUCAAAACUUGAUCGGCAAAAGCGUGAUUUCUCAGAAAGACAAAUUGAAAUGCAAGAUGAACAAAAAUGGCUGAUAGAUCUAUGGACUGUUUUUUCCGAGGAAGAAGAAAACAAGAAGCGUGCCACUAGUGGAGGUGCUGUUAGCAAAUCUGAUCUUACAGAAAUGCGUAACAAUAUCAUCCAAAACAUAAAAAGAUGGAAAACAGAUAGGAUACAAGUCGUCAGUCUGACUGUGCCGGCAAUACAGGAAAUCACGAAAUUGAUUACGAAUCAACCGCUUGAUUUUUCUGACCCAAAAUAUUUUGACACUGAAAAAGUUGCAAAGGGAAUCUCUUUGGCUCUUAAUCCUGUUGUGACUGGCAUUAGCUGGAUCAACCAAUGUGUGAAGGAGAACUGUGAAAGUUUUCAACGGAAAUUCGUAAGAGCGGAAACGUAUAAUGAAUUAAAAGAAAUUGAAAAGAGAUUGCUUUGCGAAAUAGAGGAUUUGAAGAAAAACAAGGAUGAACUUUUAAAUAGAUUAUCAAAGGUAGCUGGAGCAAACCUGACUGACAACAAUCCGAAUAUUGCAGACCUUAGUGAUCCGAACCGAGCUAGUAAACUCGCCGAGCAAUAUUCCGAAUUGUAUGAUAACCCCUGGACCGAUGCAUUCGAGGUUCUAGAAACAUCAGAUGAAAGACGUUGUAUUGACUACUUACUACACAUCAUUGUCGAGUCUUAUAACAUCUGUGGGGCAAUUUCACAAAAUCAACAGGACGUUUUAAUGAGAGCGUUACACAGUCCAUCCAAUGGUAUGACUCAAGACAAGGACGCGAAAAAGGCAAGUUUAUACCUCAUUACUAGAUUAUACUGUGUAAAUGUUUUCUUUCGUAAAAAUGUAUGCCAAUAG